AUGGCGAACGCAACGACAGACCAUCUCAGGCCUCAGGAUCUGGAGACUCUGGAUAUCAGCAAGCUCACGCCGCUGUCUCCAGAUGUCAUCAGCAGACAGGCAACCAUCAACUUUGGCACAAUUGGCCAUGUCGCCCACGGAAAAUCGACGAUUGUGCGGGCGGUCUCGGGUGUACAGACUGUCCGCUUUAAGCACGAGAAGGAAAGAAACAUUACCAUUAAGCUAGGAUACGCGAACGCGAAGAUCUACAAGUGCUCGAACCCCGAGUGCCCCGAGCCGGAGUGCUACAAGAGCUAUGGAAGCUCGAAGGAAGACGAUCCGCCUUGCCCUCGCCCCGGCUGCGGCCACAAGAUGAACUUGCUCCGACACGUCUCCUUCGUCGAUUGCCCGGGACACGAUAUUCUUAUGGCGACGAUGCUUAAUGGCGCGGCAGUCAUGGAUGCUGCCCUACUGUUGAUUGCUGGAAACGAGCCUUGCCCCCAGCCGCAAACGAGUGAACAUCUCGCUGCUGUCGAGAUCAUGCGUCUCCAGCACAUCAUCAUUCUCCAGAACAAAGUCGAACUCAUCAAGGAGUCGCAGGCUCAGCAACAACAAGAAGAGAUUCGCGCGUUCGUCGCAGGAACGGCAGCGGACAAGGCGCCGAUUAUCCCGGUCAGCGCCGUCUUGAAGUUCAACAUCGACAUUCUCUGCCAGUACAUCUGCACGCUGGUGCCUGUUCCCGUUCGCGACUUCACGAGCCCGCCGCAAAUGAUCAUUAUUCGCUCCUUCGACGUCAACAAGCCCGGCGAAGAAGCUUCAAACCUCCAGGGUGGCGUUGCUGGAGGAAGCAUCAGCCAGGGAGUGCUCAAGGUCGGAGACGACAUCGAAGUGAGGCCCGGAAUCAUCAGCAAGGAUUCAGCUGGUAACAUUCAGUGCAGGCCCAUUGUCUCGACCAUUAUGUCGAUGUUUGCGGAAGAGAAUCCGCUAAAGUACGCCGUGCCGGGCGGCCUGAUUGGCGUCGGCACCAACAUCGAUCCGACCUUGACGAGAGCCGAUCGUCUCGUCGGACAGGUUUUGGGCCACCCUGGAAACCUGCCAGAUUGCUUCGGAGAAAUGGAGGUGUCUUACUACCUGCUGCGCCGACUGCUCGGCGUUCGUAGCCAGGAAGGAGACAAGUCGACGAAGGUCUCCAAGCUGAAAAAGGGCGAAUUCCUCAUGGUGAACAUCGCCAGCACGAGCGUCGGCGCGCGCGUUGCAGGCCUGAAACCCGAGAUGGCGAAGUUGGAGUUGACUGGGCCUGUGUGCACGCGGGUGGGAGACAAAAUCGCCCUCAGCCGCCGCGUCGAUAAGCACUGGCGUCUGAUUGGGUGGGGCCAAAUCCACAAGGGCAAGACUCUCCCUCUUUUGGAGUCGCUCUAA